AUGUGGUCGAUUUUAUUCUAUAUCUCUUUGUUUCUUGUCUUAAGUGUAAUCGGUUUCGUCUACUUCAAACUUAUUCGUCCGGAAAAGCAAAUCUAUGAUAAUUUGCGUGGUCAAGGAAUUACAGGCGAACCAUUCGUUCCUCUGCUUGGUCAGCUUCCAACUCUUCGUCGAUAUCGUGAAGCAGAUAUGAUGAUGACCUAUUACGAAGAUCUUGUCAAAAAGUAUGGUCAAGUAUUUCUGUACUGUUUCGGUCCGGUGAUGCGUUUAGUAGUCAAUGAACCUGAUAUGCUUGCCGAUGUUCUUAGUCGAACAAAUGCGCAUAAUUAUGUCAAGCCAGCAGUUGGCAGUAGCAUCUUUGGACCAGUCAUAGGUUAUCAUAAUCUAUUGGUUGCUGAGGGUAGCGAACACGAACGAGCACGCCGAAUGAUAAAUCCAGCGUUUCAUUACACAAAUCUGAAAUCGAUGAUAUCGAUCAUUGCCGAUCGAACACAACAAACAAUCGAGAAAAUUUUCCAUGAAAUCGAUUCGACUGAAGCAAUUGAUUUGCAGGUGUUAUUCAACAAGUUAACUUUAUCUGUUAUUGUAGCAAGUGCAUUUGGUUCAGAUUUAGAAGCGAAUUCUACUGCAAAAAACAUUAUGAUUCGCAGGUUCAAUGAAGUUCUCGAUGCGGUCCUAUAUCGUUCGUUAUACAUGGUUAAUCAAAUACCGUUUCUCGCUAAGUUACCAUUUUGGCAAAAACAUGUCGUUGAUGAAGGUGCUCGACUCAUAGGAGAAUUUGUCGAUCAAUUGAUCAUUGAUCGGCGUCAGGGACAUUCAAAGAGCAUGUCGAACGGACCUGAUCUACUCGACUUACUUCUAUCAGCUGUUGAUAACGAAGGAAAAGCGUUUACUGAUCAAGAAAUCAAAGAGCACGCUCUGACAUUUGUGCUUGCUGGAAGUGAAACAACAGGAAAUCUCAUGGUCUGGAUGUUCUACAUUUUAAUGACACAUGACAACGUUCUUCAAGCAUGUCGCGAAGAAGUCGAUGGAAUUAUUCCUAGUGGAAUUGAAAUAACCAAUGAACAUCUCGCUGAUCUGGUCGUAUGUGAAGCAGUCAUCAAUGAAACUUUACGUCUUUAUCCAUCAGCACCACUCUUCGUUCGCCAAUGCGUGCAUGAGCAUACAAUUGGAACCGAACACAAACUACACAUUCCCGCUGGUACAAGUGUUUUGAUCAAUAGUUACACACUCCACCGUCGAAGUGAUCUUUGGCCUAGGCCAUUAGAAUUCGACUAUAUGCGUUGGUUACGCGACCCGAAAACAGGUCUGAAACCUAAACUAUCCCACCCAUAUGCGUAUCUACCAUUCGCAUCUGGACUACGAAACUGUAUCGGACAAAAUUUCGCAUUAUUAGAAGCGAAAAUCAUGUUAGCGAUGUUUAUUCAACAAUGUGAUUUGAAAUUAGUACCUGGACAAAAGAUCGUUCCUGAUCUGAAGAUUACACUACGAACAAAAUACGGUCUGUUCGCUAACAUAACCAAACGAAAGAUUCUCAAAUGA